AUGUCCGUCUCAUUUGCUCCUGAAUGCACGGAAGCUAAAAAUAAAUAUGAUGACUGCUUCAACAAGUGGUAUACUGAAAAAUUUUUACAAGGUAAAUCCUUAGAAAAUGAAUGCACAGAAUUGUGGGAUUCUUACAUCACAUGUGUAAACACUGCUUUAGCUAAACAGAAAAUAAAGCCAAUGUUGGAUAAGGCUAGAGAAGAUCAGCCAUUUUCGUCUGAGGAAAUCAGACAAAGUGCUGGAACUCUGGAUUCCAAACCGGAAAGCAAGCGCUGA